AUGUUUCGAUGGUAGGGUGGUAAGACACCUUUCGCGAAUAAAUUGACGAGACGAAACCGUUCUAACUCCGAUAGAGAUAGGAUCAGUGUAUCUUUGAUUUUGACGUUAUCUCAUAGAAUUGACGUACUCGGAUAAAUUUAAUUUCUCGAGAUACGUAUACAUGUUUGGUAUCGGAGGUUAUAACUAUUGUUGUAAGCUCCGAGCAUUAUGAAGACUUUCUUUAAUAAAGCGAGACCGAACGAUGUGCAACCGUUUGAAUGUCAACAUAUGCAGUUGGUCUCGGUGAAAAAGAACACUGGUGCAAACGCUAUCCAUGAGCCAGUUUCUUACCACAGCAUUGUUACAAGAAUCCAACUGAUAUGCUUGGCAGAUUGUUAUUGUCAAGAGACGCAAAACACGUGGGCAUUUUAACGGUCGUGUGUAUAUAGUAGACGAUAAUGAAAUAAGUAUAUGUGCAAUGUCCCUCGUGUUUUUUUGACGCCUGAGUUCUUUGAUUCUGAAAUUAACGUUUUUCCCUGACACAUUGCUCCUUGCACUCGAUGUUAGUAAAUAAAGCGCGAACGUCGAUUACGUGUUUUUAAAGAUAUCGUUAAACAGGGUAAAAAUAUACAGGCAGAAGUUAAUAGCAAUUAUGAGAUUAUUGAAACUAAUGGGAGUGAUCCAUAGGGAACAGUUUCUAUCGACAAGUAAAGAACAAUGUGUACCUUCAACAAAACUAUACUCAAAUUCUUCUUUAGGAGUUAUUAUAAUAUGUUAGUAUCUAAGUUGAACAGAAGUUUUUGAAACAGUUGCUCGAUAUAACAGCAAGAAACAUGUUUCAUUACAUACGUAUGCAACUACAUUAGAACAACAUUCUUGUAAAAAUGUCAGUUGCUGCUUGUUCAAAAAAUAAAAGGAUGGAUAGUGUAAAUAAUAAAGAAGAGAUGAUAUAUGAAAAAUGGGAACUUUUUCAUAAUUGGGUACAUUGUAUGUGUAUUGUUACUUUUGAUCUUGAAUUAGGUCAAGCUAUAGAGGCUAUAUAUCCAGGUCAUAUCAUAUUGUCUGAACAAGAAAGAUCUAAUGUCUGUUAUCUUGCCUUUCCUGAUUCAAACUCUGGCUGCAUGGGUGAUACUCAGUAUCAUGUCAGAAUAAGACAGAAUGGAGCUGCAGUUCAAGAGACUAAAGCUUUAAAAGAAUACGAUAGGAGAUCACCACCAUUUUUACAAUGUGAUAAGGAUUAUUACUGGGGUUAUGUGUACUUUCGUCAAGUAAAAGACAAAUCCCUUCCAAGAGGAUAUUUUCAAAAGAGUAUUGUUAUAAUUACAAAACUGCCAUUUGUGAAUCUCUUUGGUGAAUUAUGUGCUUUAAUUGCACCUGAGUUUUUUGAAGUUGGUAAUGCUGUUAUGGAAGCUAUUGUAAGAGAAAUUGACCAUUGGCCACCUCCGGUACCUGGUCAGAUAAUUCAUUUACCACUUAUAGGUGUUUUGUUUCAAACAUAUAUCCCGAAUCAAAACUAUAAAUCAACUGCACCUACAAUUGCUGCCAUGGAUCAUGCCCCAAAUUUUCAUGCAACCAGAAGACUAAUUUUAACGUCUGCCUAUGAGGGAGACAUGUUUAGAAGUUUAGCUAGUGUUGUAAGUUAUGUUCACCUAUUAUGGGAACUAGUAUUACUUAGUGAACCAAUUGUUGUUAUGGCUGGUUCGCCUACUGGUUGUUCCGAAAUGGUUCAAGCGCUCAUUGCAAUGAUAGCACCAUUGAAAUAUUGCGCUGAUCAUCGACCUUAUUUCACAAUUCACGAUUCUGAGUUUAAAGAAUAUACUACGGAUGCUCCAUCACCUCCUGCUGUAAUAUUAGGUGUAACUAACCCCUUUUUUGCUAAGACUCUACAGCAUUGGCCUCAUAUAAUCCGGAUAAGUAAUGGAGUUACUAAUGAAAAUCAAAAGUACAAAAUAAAGAAGUCGGAAAAUCUCAAAGUAUUGGACACGAAACCAGGAGUGUAUACACAAUACAAACCCUUUCUUCACAAGGAUAAAACCAUAUUAAAAAAAUUAUUUAGAGGUAUUCAGACAAAGAGACCAGGUGAAGUGCAAACAGCACUUUUAAAGCGCCAUUUAAUAGAAUUAACAGAAAGCUUUAUGAUACCUCUUGAGAGAUAUAUUGCAAGUCUUAUGCCACUGCAAAAGGACAUAUCACCUUUCAAAGCUACACCCAUACCUGAAUUGUUUAAUCCAGAUGACUUUUUAGCUACUUUGAGUAGUGCAGGACCACAAUUGACUUCAGGCAUAAAAGGAGAUUGGGUAGGAUUGUACAGACGGUUCUUUCGCUCGCCCAACUUUUCUGGAUGGUUUCACACCAGGUAUACAGAAUUAUCCCAAAAAUUGCAAGUCAUACAACUUGAGGCACUGUCAAAAGCGGAUUUAAAGACAUGGGUGCAAGGAAAGCAAGAAGUAGAGCUAGUUGACAUGAUUCUCAGAAUUCGACAAAAAUUAGAAAAGACGUAUAUCGAUGAAGUACCUAUCGGUAAUUCUGUAAGAGAAAAGCUUCAAGAAAGAAUAAACGACAUCACGCAUACGUUACCAGACGAUUUAAAAGAUAUUUUGAAUCACGAAUCUUGACAUUACGAUUACGCGAUUAAUUUUAAGGGUCGAUAAAUGAUGUCUCCAUUUAGAUACCAACGAAAUUAUAAGCAUGUCAAUGGAGGAACUAGAUUAAAAAUAUGUCCAAACCUUGCUCUCUUUGUUGAUAAAUGUACACAAAUGAUAUAAACAGAAAGGAAUAGUGGACGAGAUAUCUAAAAUACGUAGAGAACGCGAAGUUUAGUUUUAUUUGUAGUUUAAUUUUUUAUUUCCUGCUUAAAUACUCCGAGACGGAUAUUUCAGGAUCACGCGGUUUUUUAUAUGUAACAGGAAAGGUGAUACGGAAGUCAAUACUGGUGCGUGAAAUAUUUUAUAGGUGCGAUUAAAGACUUACGUGCUCGUAUUAUUGUUUCCACAAUGAUAAAAUAUUACGUGCGUUUAUCACGAUAUAUUUUUUUUUUGACAGAAUUUGUCGUUUUUUAAUAUCGUACAAUUUCUGUUUAUGUUAUGUAACCGAGUUUCUUCCUAACAUCAUUUAUCUAGACAACAUAUUAAUAAUUUUGUAUUCUUUGUGUUUCU